UAAUUCUGUUAAGUUUUAUGUCAAAUUCUGUCACAAAAGACAGUAGGUAUCGGCAAAAUCGGCGUUUUUUUUCUGUUAUACACUGCAAAUGAAACAAAUUAUCACUGCACAAUCAUCGAUGUCGACUAAAUAAUACACUAAAUAAAUUGAAAAUCCUAUAACAUGUCUUCCAUGGCAGCCGCGGAAGAAAUUGACGAGGCCAAGGAGCGGGAACACUUUCGGGCAGUUGUCUCUGCGUUUAAAUACUAUAAACUAUGCAGUCUAGAUCGCAUUCACAAGUCGGAAAAGAUUAUAUCAAUGCUGCCAAUCAAUCACCAACGACGCUUGGAGAAGUACAAGACGUACCUCACAAAGUUCAAAAAGUGUUUGGACGUCAACAACAGCAUAGUCCACCUGAUCAUCAAAGAUGUGGACACCAUGUUUGAAAACGUUGAUCAUAGUGCCAUGGAUGUAUCGGGGACGAAUGGCACAGAAAGCUUUGGAUGUAAUUACAAUAGUUGCGAGAUUGCCUCGCAAAAGCAGCACAAAAUGCAGCAUGAUGUUGAGAAGGUUCAAUCAGUCCUUAAGAAUAUAGUUCGCGACUGGAGUGAUAUGGGAGCCCCUGAACGGGAGCAGUGCUACACACCUAUCCUGGAGGAAAUGGAAGAGCGUUUCCCACUUGACGAGAUUAGUGAUCGUAGUCAAGUUAAAGUAUUAGUGCCCGGUGCUGGACUUGGGCGACUCGCGUGGGAGAUCGCGGCUCGCGGCUACAUGUGCCAAGGAAAUGAAUUCUCACUGUUUAUGCUGUUUGCCAGUAACUUUAUACUCAACAAGUGUCCUGAGGCAAACAAAUACACGGUACAUCCAUGGGUACACCAGUAUGUGAACAAUGUGACUUGUGAUCACCAACUCCUAGCAGCUAGGUUUCCAGAUGUAAGGCCGUCGGGCGAUCGGCCAAAUCGAAACUUUUCCAUGACCGCUGGAGAUUUUUUGAGGGUAUACACGGAAUCUGACGAGUGGUGGUGCGUAGCGACAUGUUUCUUCAUAGACUGUGCGCCGAACGUAAUUGAGUUCAUCGAGAGGAUAUACAAGAUCCUCAGGCCGGGAGGGUUCUGGAUAAAUCUCGGACCUUUGCUGUAUCAUUACAGUGAUAUGCCAUCGGCAAACAGUAUUGAACCACCUUACGACCUGCUCCUUGAGAUUAUAGCGGACGUCGGCUUUGAUAUAUUGAAAGAGAAGACUGGCGUUAAAACAAAAUACGCACAAAACCCAAACUCGAUGAUGCAGCAUGAGUACGACUCUGUAUUUUUUGUUUGCAGAAAACCUAACUGCAUGUAAUCUAGUGCUAACUUGUUUCUUGCUGUAAGAUAUUAAGUGUAUGAACAUGUAUAGUAUUAAACAGGGCCGUAGUCAGCAGGCUUUGCGUAGGGCUGACCCACUAUUGAGAUUUUUGUAGAUUUAAAGUAUUGACUUAAAGAUUUGAUAAGUUUAUAUUGUUAAUAAAAUAAGGUGUCCUGUUAAUGUCAUGUUUUAAACAGCUUAUUUUAUUGUUAAAAGUUGUUUAUUGGUUGUUAUUAAAUUCCAUCAUUUUUUUGGAAAAGGUAAAUACAAUCUUAUGAGUAAUAUACCUCAAAAACUAUAUGUAAGACAGAGGUGAUAAAGUAGGUGUUAUGUUGCGACUUUGGAAGUUUAUAUUACUAUCAAUUUUCUAAUAAUUAUACAGGGUCAUUUUGACAUUGCGUUACUAAAUGAAACUAUAUAAUUGUCUUCUUGAAGAUAUCACUUUACUAUAAGUUACUAGAUCCGUAGAUGUAAAAUAAAAAGUAUCAGUUCCGAAAAAGAUAAAUAUUAAUAAAAAGUAUAUUUUAAUUUUACGGACUCUAAUAUCACUACUACUACUCGGAGAAUUUGUUGCAGUGAUAACAUCACACUUUUGGUCAGAAAUGCUCGAAUUGCUAAAAAAAUAGAAAAGUAAACUGGUAUUUUUGGUAUUCAGUAUUCAUGGACGAUUUUUGGCACAAUCACAGCUGACGUAAAGACGAGUGUGUGGUUACAUUUAUAAAGGCAAUGUGAAUGUGACCCUGUAUAAAAGUAGUAUAGGAUGUAUGUAGGUACGAAAUGUCAAUUUAUAAAAGAGCCGAUAAAACGCUUAAAAGGGUUGCUAUGAUCUAUAUAUUGCAAUUGAAAUCAUUAAUAUUUUAUAUUUACACGAUUAAUAAAAAAUAAUAGUACUAGAACUUAUUAAUUGAUGCCCAAAAGGAUUUUACUGGCUAUGGCCCUAUCUUUACGCAUAUUAAAUACAUAAUAAAACAAAUGUACUGAAAAAUAGCCUUAACUAGUGUUGUAUAGUUUAUACAGGAUUUUAGAUUCUUUUUCAAUAGCAGUAAAUAUUUUUUUAGUCAAAAUAUAAUAAGUUCUCUUCAAUCACAACAAUAACCAUAAUAAGUAUACAAAGCAUGUACUAUAAAUAAAAAAAUUAAUGCCUAAAUAAAUUUUAUUGGUGUUAUACAGCGAUUUUUGUGCGUAAUUUCAAGCGAUUGCAAUCGAAAACGCCUAAGAUGCUUGCGUUAUUUUAAUUAACACAAAUUGGCUAUAUUAUGCUAGUGUAAUUUGUAAUUCACAUAACAUGUGUAAUAAUAGGUUAGGCUGUAGCAGCGUCUUUAUAAUAUACGAUUCGUAAUUAAAACAAAAUUUGGUUUGGUUCAGACAUUUAAAAUCAACCAUCUUGUGACUUCAUUUUAAGGAAUAAUGUUAAGGAAGAACGGUAAAGGGACAAAUGAUAAAUUAAGUUCGAAGGCGCUGUACCGCUAUACUGGGUGCUUCUUACUUUAGUUAGUAUUAAUACAUGUCAGUACAGUAUUCUAAAAAAGUGACUAUUAGGAAAGAUAUAAAACAAUCUUAUGUUAAAAAUAAUUCAUAAGGUCAUUUGAUUUUUAUGACAAUAAAUAAAUUUGAAAAUAAUGUGGUGUCGACUAGUGCAGAAACGAAAGGCGCUGCUGUUUCGAAUCGGAUUUAUUCUGUAGACUUUGUGAGAAUAACACUAGCCAUUAGUCUUGCAUAAAAUAUAAUAGUUCUUAAUGUGUGCGAUUUUAAGAACUAUAAUAUUGUGUAUAUCUUAUAUUGAUAGCUGUCCUUAUGGGCUACAGAAAUAAAGAACAUUGACUUGUUA